AACGGCAGGCAGGAAACCUGUAGGGUAUUGUUUUGUUUGGAUUGAUUGUUGUCACCAAAGUCCCAUCGCAACGCGCAGGAGCGACGACACCACAACGCCGAACCCACCCUCGGCACCUCUCGUAUUCACAACCACCCCAACCAUGGCGACGGCUUCCACCCGGAUGCUUCUCGCCUCGUGCGGCAGGCGGGCGGCGGCUUCGACCGCUCCAACCGCGCCCCCCCUCCGGUCCGCACCGGCCCCUUCCUUUGGGCGCUGUGGCCCGCGCCGGAGAAGCCCUCCCGCCCGGGGGUCCCUUCGGCCCCUCGCGGUCCGCUUCUUUGGGAGCGGCGACCCAAAGGAAAGCGACGAUCCCUUCGGGGUGCACUUCCAGGACGGGGACGACCUGGGAAGCCUCGGGCCGGAGUCCCCGCCGCGCUACAAGCGGGACGCCGUCACCGGCAAGUUCACGGGGGAGAAGGAGGAGGAGCUCACGGACCGCGAGAAGAAGCUCCUGAACAUGGACCCCCUCCAGGAGCAGGACUACCUCCUGGACAAGGUCCUGGCCGGCUGGGACCUCGAGGCGCCGGAGGGCGGGGGCGAGCCAAUCAAGCUCUCGGCGCUGGCCCGGCGGAUCCGGGAGGACAACGCUGGCCUCACCACCCUCGGCCGGAGCACCGAGUCCCAGUCCUACACCGGGAGGCUGGAGGACGGGGAGGAGGCCCACCGCGACGAGACGGGCUUCUCCAAGCCCCUGAGCCCGUCGGAGUUUGCCGCCCUAAGGGCCUAUUUGAGGGAGGAGGACGGCGCCGAGAUCGGCGAGGACGAGAUCCCCGUGGAACCGGCGAACGAGGCCUCGGUCCUGGGCGGCUACGCCGACACGGAGGAGCUCAACGCGAGGUGGAGGUCCUCGAGCGCGAUGAGGUUCAUGGACGACACCCUGGACGACGAUCCCUUCUCGGACCUCCUCCCGUCCGACCUCAGCCCGACCCUCCUGGUCAACCGCCGGGAGGCCAAGCCGAUCCCGAAGCACCUCCUCCACCACAACAACCUGGCGCUCCUCCGGAGGUACAUCACCCCGUCGGGCCAGAUCAUGAACCGGGUCCAGUCCCGCUUGGGCGCGAAGGACCAGCGGAAGAUCGCCAGGCUCAUCAAGCGGGCCCGGUACCUGGGCCUCAUCCCCAACAGCGGGCAGUUCGUGGUGGAGGACCACGGGAGCGUCCACGAGGACGACCUGGGCGAGGACAAGGAGUGGGAGGCCGAGCUGAAGCGGAGGGGCCUGGUGGUCGGGAAGGAGCAGCAGCGCACAAGCACGAACGGGCCGCGCCGGUAGGAAGCGGGACCCUGGAGCGAGGCCACCGCCGAGGCGCUAUGGCACAGCGGGACGAACUAGACUAAACAAACAUCGAACCU